UCGACAGACAGCCAGUCAUGGACUUUGCCAACUUGCCAGACUUGGGAUCUGUGUCCCUCGUUCCCGUCCCUCAACAGCAACAGCAACAGCAACAGCAACAGCAACAGCAACAGCAACAGCAACAGCAACAGCAACAGCAACAGCAACAGCGAGGUGAGCAAGCACACGCCCAAGCCGAAACGGAAACCGCAGCGCCGCCGCCGGCACAGCUCUCGCUGUCGGUUGCACCCGGCGCCACAGAUGACGACGAUGGCAAUACGGGUGGUGCUGCUGACAGUCACUCCAACAACACUGGAGCAAUGCAUCAGCAGCAGCAGGGUGGCGCAGAUGCCACGGCGACAUCUCCUUCUGCUGCAGCACCGCCGUCCGCUGUGAGCAGCAACACCACAAGCAGUGGGGCAUCUGCAGACAGCGUGCAUGCGCCGUUCUACUGGUUCUGGCAGCACUCCUCUGGAGCCUGGUCGCCAUUCUCCAAGUUUGACUCGGACGCGCUCGAGGCUGCACUGCAGGCGCACAAGGACAAGGUGAAGGACGACGAAACGAACAAUGGCGGCGCCCGUGGCCGUGACAGCGACAUCGGUGGUGAUGAUGUGGUCGUUGUCACCGACAGCGGACGAUUCACCGUGGAUGUUCUGAAGCGCCAGCGGUCUCCACGCUACUGGGCUGGCCAGCCCAACCCCGUCGUCAGGAGCGCGUGGGUUGUUGGUCAGGGCCCGACGCUGCAGCCGCUGCCAGAGGAACACAGCGACAUUGUCGAGAUUGCGUAUCAAGAGUCACGCAAGUCCGGGCAGUGGAAGAAGACCGUUGAUCUUCCAAACCAAAACCGCGCUGUCCUCCAUCACCAGCACCUGUUUGUGUUCUACGAGUCGGCAUCGUCUGAGCCGCGCCGUCUUGCCCGCGGCCUCGCUGAUCACGUCGCACAGGGGUCAGCCCCGAGUGAAGCGUUUGAUCACCUCGUCCUCGUCAUUGCCGGCCCAACACCAGAGCGACCGAACCUCAGCAGUCUUGGCUUUCACGUCACGAAGGACAAGGUUGGCGACGUGACGGACAUCUGCGACGCCCUCCGCUCCAUCGGGUCCGAGCUCAUCGCCACCCACUUCGUCCUUACCGGCUCGUCCAAGAGUACGGGUCGGGUUGAGUUUCUGCCAAUCCACUGGGAGACGCCUGCGUCGCUGCUCGACAGCGUGCGCGAUGUUCAGCUCAACACAAUCCGAAACCUGCGUGGUUUUGUCAACGAAAUCCUCGCAGACACAUACGCCUACCACAACCACAAAUCGGCCAUGGUCGCAGCCAUCGCCGCAGCCAUCAACACCACCAUCGCAUCGUUCCAGCACCACAACCCCUCGUUCACGGGCUCCAUAUCCGUCAUGGCGCACGGCUUUGGGGGCGUGCUCGUCCACGACCUUCUCACCCCAUUUGGCGAUGCAUGCGGCAGUGAUCGUGAUGUGGAUGGUGGUGAAGGUGAAGGUGAAGGUGAUGGUGCUGAUGAUGGUGAUGGUGAUGGUGAUGGUGAUGGUGGUGUCGACCCAGCAGUGGAGUUUCAGGCGUUUCUUGACGAGCACGCAAUGGAGGCCCUUCGCGCUGCUGAUGAAGAGAAGAAGCGCAAGAGCACACAGCAGCAAGCAGAUAGCGAGCAGCCAGCAGCAGACACGGCGCCACCCAAGAAACAGUCAUCAUCACCACCAUCAGUGUCGUGCUCGUUUGCGAAUGUGUUCCUGCUCGGAUCUCCGCUCGCCUCCCAUCUGGCCAUGACGCGAGAUGCAACGGCUCAGCGUGAGGAGGGAGGACCAGCCCCGUUGCCUGCAGGCACGAUGGGAAGCGCGCAGUGGUUCAACGUGUUUCACCCGUACGAUCCGCUUGCCAGUCGUCUUGAUCGCGUCUUGUUGGGGGACACCGCCCCUUUACAGGCACAGGAGAUUCCCCAUCACAAAGGUCGCGGGAAGCGCAUGCAUCUCGAGCUCAAAGAUUACAUCAGCGACACCAAGCGCGAGCUGCAGCGGGAGGUGCGCACUUGGGCCGGCACCGCCUGGUCCUCGUUCAACAACGCCCUCAAGACAAGGGUUGGCGUGGACGUCGGCUCGUUUGCGCUGGGAAAGCUGGCAGGGUCGCUCAACGAUGAACAGGCAGACAACGAACAGCAGCAGCAGCAGCAGCAGCAGCAGCAGCAACGGGAACAACAGGAACAAUCCAAGCAGCAGCAACAGCAACCGAUCAUGUCGUCAUCUUCAUCGUCGUCUGCGAUGACGAGUGGACCGUCCAUCCGUUUUGACCACGUGCUCCAGGCCUCCACCACGGACGUGGUGUCCCAGGCCGUGUUCGCCAUGAAAUCGCACCGGUCGUAUUGGUCGUCCGAAGAUACUGUUCUCUUCGUCCUCUCCCGCCUCUACUCACCAACAACAACGACGACGACGACGACGACGACGACGAUGGAGAACGCCUAGAACUGUAUCGUGUUGUGUGUGUGUGUGUAUGUGUGUGUGUGUGCGUGUGUGUGUGUGUGCGUGUGUGUGUGUGUGUG